AUGGGGACUCCUCGAUCGCCGGCGACAGAUUUCUUCGGAAUUUCCAAGACAGCAUGCAAAGCUUACAAGUCCCUCGUCACCAAAUUAAAUCCUGUUUCUUCUCAUCGCAAAACCGAAUCCCACUCCGACGCAGAUUCCGUACUCCACCGGAGAUAUCUGGAGGAGAAAUUUGCGGAGGAGGAUGAUCUGAUUGCUGCUCGGAGAGGUCUCCGAUUACAGAGCAUGGACGAUAGCGCCGUCUUCAAACGCCGCUCCUCUCUCCUAUCAAGCUCAAGUACCCGCCGCAGCCACACGCCGCAAGCUCGACCAACUUACCUCUCCUCCUCCGCCUCUUCCAACCGCCGAUCUGUUUUUUCCAGAAGCACCAGCCGCAGAGACGAAGGCAGCAGCCACGGCGGCGUAGGGAGGACGCAUGGUCUUAAAUCACGCCCGGUCUCGAACAACGCGAGCCCGAAGACGUCGCCGAGAGGGAAAGAUCAAACGCUAGGCGAUCUAUUCGGCUCCGUACAGGGCCUGACGUCUCCUCCAAGCUCUAGCCCUAUAAGCGGCGUGAAAGUAUCUUCUCCGUCUUCGAUCUCGAAGAGCGGUAGCAAGAGAGAUAAAGACGAGAGAAGCUCGGCGACGUCGAUAUCAAAGAGCGCUAGCAAGAGAGACAAAGAAGACAGAGGCUCGGCGACGUCGACGUCGACGUCUGUGCCGUUUUCGAAGAGCACGAGCACGAGACAAUCGGGAGGGUCGAUUGGGAAGAGCGUAAGCCGGAGGAGCAACACGCCGAUCGUUUUCUCGCAGUCGACACCGCCGAAAAAGCCGCCGGCAGUGGAGAAGAAGCUUGAGUGUACGUUGGAAGAACUCUGCCACGGCGGAGUCAAGAACAUUAAGAUCAAUAGAGACAUCAUCACCGAUGAAGGAUUGAUUAAGAAGCAAGAAGAAAUGUUAAGAGUGAACAUUAAACCGGGAUGGAAGAAAGGGACGAAGAUCACAUUCGAAGGAGUAGGGAACGAAAAACCGGGUUAUCUACCGGAAGACAUUACUUUCGUGGUUGAAGAGAAGAGACAUCCUCUGUUCAAACGACGCGGAGAUGACUUGGAGAUUGCGGUGGAGAUUCCUCUUCUAAAGGCUUUAACGGGAUGUAAACUCUCGGUGCCGCUUUUGAGUGGUGAGUCAAUGUCGAUAUCUGUGGGAGAAGUGAUCUUUCAUGGGUUUGAGAAGGCGAUUAAAGGUCAAGGUUUGCCAAAUGCUAAAGAAGAAGGGAAACGAGGAGAUUUGAAGAUAACGUUUUUAGUGAAUUUCCCGAAAGAGUUGAGUGAAGAGCAACGAUCAAUGGCUUGUGAGGUUUUGAAAGAUUGUUCUUGGGAAUAA